AUGCGUAGCACAACUACCUCAGCGCAUCCCCAGAAGAGGGUAAGUGAGCUUAGUCAUGGAGACAAUAAGCCAAAGAAACGUCGCGCCCGCUAUGCCUUGCGCGCCUGUGAUGAAUGCAAGCGGCGGAAAGGCCGCUGCGAUGGUCAUACCCCUUGCGAGUACUGCCUAAAGCGCUCUAUUGAAUGCCACUACGAUGAAGACCCUCGUUUCCUCUUGAACCAUGCUUUUGGUGGGUCUGGUCCAGGUCAAGCUUCUAAUGAGCCUGUAACAGAUGGAGACCGGGGAAUUAAUAGCGAGAUCGAACGCUUGACCGGUUUGGUGGGGAAUAUGCAAAGGCAGAUCGAUAUGCUUGUUAAUCUUCGUACUUUACAACAUAGUGAUUUUGGUCAAGACGACCAUGGAGCUUCCGAAAGUCUAAGCCAGGGCAUGACCCAUGCUAGGACUACAAAGUCGUCGCAUAAACACCAAACCCCCAGUGAAUCUACACCUGAAAAGAAUAUCGAUGUAUUUUGUGGCGCUACGAGCUCAGAAUACACUUUCAACAUGGCCGAGCGUAACAUUGUUGAGCAGCACAUCAACCCGACACAAUAUAACGAGAUGCCGCACAACCCAACGCCUGCUUCUAAACAUUCACCCUACUUUGCUAGCAAACAAAGUCAUAAUGAUAACAACAGCUCUCUAGGAGAUAAGCAGUCCAUGAAAACUUCCCCAGCAUCAAGUGCAUGUCUUUGCGAAGAUUGCACCCGGCCACUGCGGUUGCUGACAAGAGAUGAGGCCCUACGACUUGUGGACCUAUACGAAGAGGUCGUAGGCCAUCUGCAUCCUUUGUUCAAUCAGAAACGCUUCAAGUCACAGGUUGAAGCGGUGUACACCGGUAUAGAAUCCCACCAUGCCAAAAUUGAGCACCAGUCCAAGAUCGAUUCAGAUACUUUGGAUAAUAUUAAAGUCGCUCUAGCAAUACCCCUUCUUGCGCUGGGCAUUGGUAAUGGCGACAUUGGAACAUCGCUUUAUGCCAAUGUUCAAGAAAAGGUUCAGAAUGCCGUAUUUGCUCCCAUAAAGAGCGUAAAGAAGAUUGUUUUAUUGCUCCUUGCGGCUAUAUACCAUUAUUUUCAUGAUGAUUUGCAAUUGGCAUGGCGAACAUGCGGUAUCGCUGGUAAGGCGGCCAUGGAAAUGGGACUCCAUCGACAAGACGCAAUAGUCCACAUGAUUGAGGAUGAAGCAGAGCGCUUUGAGGUCGUCAAUGUGAUGUGGAAUAUAGUUGUUCUUGACAAGCAAUGGAGUUGUGCGGCCGGGCUCCCCCAUCACUUUUCAGACAAUGGGUUUCCGAGAACCUUGCCUGAGCGUGUCGAGAAUCCCUAUUUGAAAGCGAUGAUAUCGUAUGCGUCUUUUUAUACUCGAUUCUGGGAUUUCUCGGGCUCCAUGCAAACAGCAGGUGCAAGUGAGGAUGAAGAAUUGUUUGACAGUACCAACUACCAGAUUGAGCAAUGGCGAAAGAGAUCUCUCGCAGAGCUCAAUUUUGUUCACCCUAAAAAUCGACCGACUGAGAGUCUUCCUCAGUCCAUGCCAACAUUACUCUACCUUCGCGCCAACCAGCUCCGCGGUCUCACUAUUCGCUCUUGUUUUCUUUCCGGCUCUAGUAUAGCAGACCUGGACGCAACUACUGAUAUCUACGCCAAACAACACCCUUUCUUUCAGCAUUUUCUCGCCUCUGCCGUGGGCUUAUUACUUCUGGUCAUAGCAUCGGAAUCGAAAAGAAACACGUUGGCCAAAACAGCUUCGGACCUGUCGUCCUCUGUGAACUUGAACGAAAGUAUUUCACGCGCCUUUAGCUUGACCGCUUCAUAUUUCAAUGUUUCAGCCCCUUCGCGACGACUUUUGAAAAGAAUGAUGUCCAUGGCGGAGCCGCUGUCGAAGUUGGGUAUACUCUAUCCGACAGUGUCUACCAACAAAGACCUCACAUAUCUUUCUCUACAGUCUCAAGUGAACAUUGGGAAUAUUCCGAAUUACCAAAAAUACCCGCAAGAAAAUGCCCGUCAACUUACCGAAGGAGCAAUAAACAUCUCAGCGCCCUUCACUAAUAUAACACAGGGAGUCUUUCCAGAAAUUUAUACUACGGAAGGUGCACCUGGCAUGAUGCAAAGUAUGCUCACUCCAUACUCUAUACCAGAUGCCGAUUUCGACAUCCUUGGCGGUUUCGAAUCUAUGAUGGAAGAUCGAACUUGGAUGGAACUUGGCUCAUUAUUUUUUCUGGAUCCACAAUAA